ACCAGCAACAGCAGUGGCCCCAGCUCCCACCCCACCUUCUUUCUCCUGGUGGGCAUACCUGGCUUGGAGGGGACGCAGGCCUGGAUCGCCAUCCCUUUGUGUGCCAUGUACGUGACAGCAGCCCUUGGAAACAGCCUUGUGCUCUACGUCAUCAAGACUGAGCCCAGCCUCCACGAACCCAUGUACCUUUUCCUGGCCAUGCUGGCUGCCACCGACCUGGUUCUGUCCACCUCCACCAUGCCCAAGAUGCUGGCUCUUUUCUGGCUGAGCUCCAGGGCCAUCGAUUUCCAGGCCUGCCUGACUCAGAUGUUUUUCAUCCACUCUUUCUCCUCCGUCGAAUCGGGUGUGCUCAUGGCCAUGGCUCUGGACCGCUACGUGGCCAUCUGCCUCCCUCUCCGGCACUCCACCAUCCUCUCCUUGCGAGCCAUCGCAAUGCUGGGCAGCCUUAUCCUCCUCCGGGGGGUUUUCUUCAUCAGUCCCUUCUCCUUCCUGGCCAGCAGACUUCCCUACUGCAACCGGCGCCAACUUGUCAUUGCCCACUCUUACUGCGAGCACAUGGCUGUGGUGAAGCUGGCUUGUGGGGGCACCAGAACCAAUGUUGUCUAUGGCCUCUUUGUGGCUUUUGCAGUGGUUGGGUUUGAUGUCUUCAUCAUUGCCUCCUCCUAUGUCAUGAUCUUCAAGACUGUGGUGAAGCUGCCAUCCCAUGAGGCCCGUCUCAAGGCCUUUCGGACCUGUGCGUCCCACAUCUGUGUCAUCUUUUCCUUCUACAUUCCUGCACUCUUCACUUUUCUCACCCACCGGUUUGGCCAUGGUGUUCCCCACCAUGUCCACAUUAUGGUGGCCAUUCUCUACCUACUGGUGCCCCCUACUUUGAACCCCAUUGUGUAUGGGAUGAAAACCAAGGUGAUCAGGGACAGAGUUCUUACUGUCUUCCUUAGAACUUCAGGAUGA